CUUGAUCUUCAUUCUUCAAUUGCAGCGACGUUUGAGGUGAUUUCUCAUAACCGCCUCUUGCUUCUUUCUAACUAUUAUAGCGCUUAAUCUGAUUUCUUGUUCGGCGUUCUUUUCUGAUCGAUUUGUCUACGCCUUCCCAGUAGUAUAGUUAGGGUUCUUGGUCGAUCUCUUGUUCGAUUUCAGUAAUUUUAGGUUCCUACAGAGUGGAUCCCCAUUUCUGGCACAACGGUCAAGGAUCCGGAUCCUGGGACGUUUAUAUAAUUGCAAUUAGAUUUAUUAAUUUUGGGAGAUUCAUAAUGGUUUACUCAAAAAAGGAGAAAUUUGCUGACGAUGAAAAAACCGAUGGUUCAGAUAACGAAAUUCAAUCUACAGAUGACAUGUUUGAUGAACAAUCAUCUGGUGUUUCCUCGAUGGAGAACGAAAUCUCUUGCGGUGGAUCUACCGGACCUUCGAGCACAACGCAGGAGAGUGGUAGAUGCUCUGGACGUGGGAGCGGGUUCACGGAGAGGCUUAGGGGUAUGUUUGGAGAUGAAGGUGAUGGAGAUCUGUUGCUUCAGCAAAGCGAUCGUGAGCAAAGCGUAUUACAGUGGCUUCAAGCCCUGGAUUUUCAGGUUAGUGGGGCGUGCCGUGCCGAUGAAAGGUUGAAGCCGUUGCUCAAGCUGAAUGCCUCGAGCGGUAUCGCUGAAGAUCGCUUGCUGGCUCAUCUGAAUCAGCACUUUGAGGCAUCGGAGGUUGGUAUGUUAGCGAGGUGCUUGUGUAUUCCUCUUGUUUCCAUUCGCGUUGGAAAGGUCAUCAAACAAGUGAAUCUUCUGUGCCCAACUGCUACAAGGGGAAAUCUGAACCUCACACUAUUGCCUACAUCUGAUCUACGCAUAUCAUUCAUUGGGGAUGAUGGCUGCACGGAAAGACUGGCCACAUUGAGGGACAAUUCUGAAAGCAUGGCAGUUGUAAUUGAAGAAAUACCAGCUGAUAAUUCUGGUCGUUCUUUUCUUAUAAGGCUCCCAGGUUCUCAAGUCUUGUAUUUCUGGUGUGCUGAAAAGUCAAAGCUCCUUGGCAUUGAGUUACUUGCAAAGAUGAAAGAUUUACUCAGGAAGAAGCCUACUCUAGCUCAGCUAACUGGAAUCAGCGACUCACGCCUUGACUGCUUUGCAACUCACCUCCGUGCUUAUCUUCUUGGAUCGAAUGUGAGCAACACACAAGCAAAUUCAUCUGUCUCUUCACCCUCUUCAGUUGAUACUGCAUCUCAUCCUUUGGAGUGUGAGCAGAACAAUCAAUGUUCAUCUGCAUCAUCGAAGCCUAUCCGUACCCGGCAUAAUGGUGGUUCAGCAGCCAAAGCACAUGCCCCCUAUCAAGUCUGCCUCAGUCCACGAUCAAAUUCUUUCAAAGACGGGAUACAGAGAAGCCAGUCCCUCACAAGAACCGGGGCCAAAGAUAAGUUGAGGUGGCGUGGAGACGGUCACGUUUUAACCAAUGAUAACAUGCCUGUUGCUUCAACUUCUAUAACGGAAGCAUCUAGUGCAAGCCAAACAGAAAAUGAGAAACCUCAUGAGCUUGGUGGGUCUUGCCCUUUGUUGCCAUUGAGCUUUUUGGAAUCACUAGGAAAUUCUGUUUCUCCACCAACCUCAAAUCUGCUUUCGUUUAGGUUUCCCUCGUCAGAAAUUUCAGCUUCAAGUGGUUCUUUUUUCUCCCCGUACUACUGUUGGUGCCCUCCUUGUGUAUCAACCUUACAAAAUUCAGUGACAUCACCCCAACUGCCCAUCUUACCAACUGAAUCUGUGUCUCUGCCACCACUGUCGUCUUUUUCCUCAGUUACAAGGUUGCCGAGCUCGGUGGCCUCAUCAAAGCCAUCUAUAAAUUUAUCUGAUGUUCCUUCAUUGGAUUUUCCAGCCUUCGUGCCAGACCCAGUAGUUAGGAUACCGUUACCAGUCUCCUCUUUUAUAAACGUCCCAAGCUCGCAGCAAGUUCCUACUUUUACACCCUUGAUGUGUGACCCCAUUGUACACAUUCCAGUGAUCGAUGUUUGCUCCUCUGGCCAAGGGUACCUGGUAAGCGCAGGCCCUGCUAUUUCAACAACCAUUCCUCCUUUACAUCCCAAACUUGUAAACCCGUUAAUCCCAGAAACCGAGUCGGUAGUAGAGAAGGGUGCAAGGGAGACUCUGCGGUUGCUCAUCAGUUCGACGCAGACCAACCCACAGCUGAUGAAUGUGCUGCCUGCUGCUUUGACUAGCGCUGAUGAUAAGUGCACCAUGCUUGUGGCAGGAAGUCGGGGUCUUUACAGUGGGGAUGUUGAUGUUGUUGCAAAAGGGAUUGCGGCCGUGGGGUUAGUUCCUCUGCCAGGUAGAGGUAAUGGUGCUAAAAGAUAUGGGCGUGAUGGUGAUGAUACAGAGAAUCGACCAGGGCAAACUGGAAGUUUAGAAGACUCUUUUGAUGGCAAAGAGGGUUCUCUCUGAUCGAAUUCAAGGUUGUCCAAGACUAAUUAGCUUGUUAGGAGUAAGAUUUUUUGUACAAUUUUUGUUUUUUUGAAGCCUCUGCAGAUAAUUCCACGUUACGGGGGAAAUUGUAGAUAUGUAGCUGUAUCCAAACAUUUUAAAGUGCAUUUAAUUGAAGAUCCGGCCAUUUCUGGGGCUGUGUUUUUUCUUCUA